AUGGAAGGUGGUGCAGACAUUCCGAUUAUCGAUGUGGGCUGCUUCUUCGAUGGCGGUGCAGACGAGAGCACCAAGCGAUCUGUGGCCACGCAAAUUUACGACGCACUGCACAACGUGGGAUUCAUGUACAUCCGAAAUGCCAAAAUCCCUUCGCCCCAGGAAGUCGAGGAGGCGUUUGCCCUGUCGCGUCAGUUCUUCGCCAGGGAGGUGAAGGACAAGGAGCUGCUCGCCUGGACGCCGGACAACAUCGGCUACGUCGCUGUGCAGCGCGAGAGGCUGGACCCAACGAAGAAGGGAGAUCUCAAGGAGGCCUUCAACGUGAACAACCGCAGGCAGAUGGACCCGUGGUGGGCCAAGCACCGAGCCGAGCUCGCAGCCGCCAAGGCCGAGCGAACGGUCGAGGACAUUGUGGGCGACGAGUUCCUCACGACGACCGCCAAGUUCUUCAACGCCUGCCAUGAGCUGGCAUGCGUGAUCCUCCGUAUAUUCACCUAUUCGCUGAAUCUCCCGGAGGACUUCUUCGACAAGCGACUCCACGAGCAGGCCCACACCCUACGGUUCCUUCACUACCCCCCGCUGGACGCUGCAAGCGUUGAAACGGCCAGCGAGCAAACAAGGGCCGGUGAGCACAGCGACUACGGCGCCAUUACGCUCCUGUUUCAAGACGACGUGGGCGGGCUCGAGGUGCGACGGAGCGACGAUCAGUGGAUCGAGACCCCGUGCAUUCCCAACACCAUCCUCGUCAACACAGGAGACCUGAUGCAGUACUGGACCAACGACAUCUUCCGAUCAACGCGCCACCGGGUGGGCAUUCCCUCGGACAAGGCCCGACUGGGACGAGAUCGGUACUCGAUCGCCUUCUUCAGCCACCCGAACGACGACGUCGACGUGUCGCCGCUGCCCUCGUGCGUAUCGGCCGACAAUCCUGCCCAUUACCCCACCGACACCCCGGUCUCCGCCGGGGCCUACCUCCAGAUGAAGCUCGGCGCCACCUACUGA